UCUCAAUGUUGCACCAUCUUCCAAACUCCAGGCUGUGUCUUUUCUUUGACGGCCUAGACGAGUAUCGCAUGAUUGACAGGGAAGGUCAAUACAAGGAAGAACAGCUGGACUUGAUGCACGACGGCUCUGAUGAUGAUGAAGCCUGGAGCGAAAGCUCCUGGAUCCUGAACGGAUACAGGCAGAUCGCAAAGUUGCUUUGCAAGUUCACCAGCUACCGAAAUGUGAAGGUCUGCAUGUCUAGUCGAGAAUUGGGUGUAUUUGAAAAUGCAUUCAAAGGUUUUCCCAGGCUCCAUGUGCAUGAGCACACCGCUGACUCUAUCGCGAAAUAUUGUCAGAACCGUCUGGCAGAGGAUGCCUCGGAUCUCACAGAUCGGUCAGAAUUUGUGUGCUUGAUAACCCAAGCAUCACGUGGGGUAUUCCUCUGGGUUAGCAUCGUGGUUCAGUUAAUCAUCGAUGGAAAUACAGAUGGCGACUCGAAAGAAGAACUCAUGAAGACCCUCAAAUGCCUUCCUCGAAAGCUUCGUGGAAAAGAUGGUCUCUAUAUGCACAUGAUGCAGAUCGUCAAGCCGAGCUAUCUGCCUGAGGCGAAGAGACUGUUUCAACUUGUGAUGGGAUGGUCCAAAGUCGACAGCGAGGGUCCUCUCGACAUUAUAACUUUAUUCCUCGCCGAGCCAGGGCAUCUAGAAGCAGAAAAUGGCAAAAGAUUAUUAGUACAAGACGAUGAUUUUUGCCCUAAAAGCUGGGCAGAAUCGCGGCCUCGGUGGGAAAAGCUGCAGCGCCGUCUUAAGAGUCGAUGCGGGGGACUUCUUGAGGGAACGGAUGAGGUACAGUUCAUGCACCAAACCGCCAAGGAGUUCAUGUCCAGACCCAACAUCUGGGAAUCAAUAUUUCGAAAUUCUGCAGGCUUUGAUUCCGAUUUGGACACCAAUUUUGCCUUGCUGAGCGGAUUAAUUCGACGUAUGAAAUGCUGUGGAGAAGCGGCAUUCGAGCCAGAGUAUAUUAGGACUCUGUGGGAUUCCAAUGGCCACUCAACAUUCAACGACACGACAACCGAUCUUUUCACAAGAGUUGAAAUCCCCAAGCGAAGCUUCGAGCUCCUUUCCUCCGCACUUAGUAUCGCCUACUUUCUUUCAAGCUCAAGUGGUCAUUUUGGCGACGACUACGUAAGCCUUCUCGACGAGUUAGACACUGUCAGCAAUCAACUCACCGAAAAUUUGAGAGUCUCACUAUCAGAUACAACAGGAGUGCCCUCUGUCGCAGAUAUGAGCUGGCUUAAGACAUAUUUCGAGCCACUACAAAAACUAUACGGUGAAACACCAAACGGCGCGACUAUCAACAAUAUGUUGGAGCUUGCGACUGUACGCGACUCCAUUCCAUAUAUAGAGGCAAAAGUAAGAGGUAAGGGUGUUCCUCUAUCUCAACUACAGCUUCUACUUCCAUUAGCGACGCGUACUGUACGCCUGCCAUUUCGAUUUGACCGGGGCACCAGUCUGCUGGGAUACCCCUGCCCCGAAGCUGCGGAGUUAUUUCUCGAAGAGGGCGCCGAUCCAAACUGUCGAGAUUUGACUUUGCCCGAUGAUAUGUUAUCAGAGGAAAGUUGUACUGCGUGGACCGGUCUACUCCGGGACCUUUUGGAAUGUUCCCUGGAUAUAGAUUCGCAACUGCGAGCCUUUAUCGCCACUGCCAAAGUUCUCCUCAAGUAUGGAGCCGACCCUACCGUGCAGUUUCAAAGGAGGGUCAAGGGCAAGAAUGAUAUGGCCAUGGAGAGUGUCACGCCGGAGAUUAUCAUUAAGAUGGCCAUGGCUAAGUGGCCUGGUUAUCAGAAGGAUUUUGCCAAAAUCCUGGAACUCCUGAAUCAAGCGAAGGCUAACUGGAAUGGCGGCGCGGCAAGUAGGGAGCAAGAGGAAGGCCCCUGA